UAAUCAAAUAGAAGUUUCAAAUUCAGAUCAUGCCACGCACAUACAUAAAGAAAAAAACCCAAAAAUAUGAUGAAGAUUCUUUGAAGGAAGCAGUAAAGGAAGUUGACAAUGGAAGCUCAGUAUAUGCUGCAGCAAGAAAAUAUAACAUUCCUUAUGAAACCCUUCGGCGGUGGAGUGAAAAUCCUCCUAAAACUCCUGGUUCUGGAAAGGCAACAGUGCUAUCAAAAGAAGAGGAGAACUAUAUUGUGGAGGCUUUAUUGUAUGCAGCAAAAUGUGGUUAUCCACUAGAUAGAAAAGACUUGCAAUAUAUGGUGUGUAGCUAUGUAAAAUCAGUGGGUAGAAAGACGCCAUUCAAGGACGAUAUGCCAGGGUAUGACUUUUUAAGAGGGUUUGAAAAAAGGUGGGCACAUGAACUAUCAAAACGGAAACCCGAAAUAUUAACAAAAGCAAGGGCUGAAGGACUGUCUCAGUUUGUGGUAGAUGAGUUUUUUAAAAUUUAUGAGCAAGUUCUUGUGGAAAAUGGGUUAGAAAAUCACCCAGAACGUAUUUUCAACUUGGACGAAACUGGCCUAGGCACAGAUCCCACUAAGGGUAAGGUCUUUGUCCCCUAA